AUGCUUCUAAGAAGGACUGCAAUACUUGAGAGCCUGCAGAAUAACAGUAAUCUGGUUUUGGAUGUUUUCCUAACUGGACAAAGGGACGGUUUUAAAAGAACUCUCAUCCUACUCAUCACCUGCAGCUUCUCCAGCCUCCUGCUCAGCUCCCUGCCCCUCCUUUACCUCCUGUUCACCUUGGACUGUGAAGCUGCAGUGGCUGGAGGGAUAACUGUCUGCUUUGCAACACUCCUGACGGUUGUUCUCUUCCUGUCGAAGAGAGUGAGGUGCUUGGGGACUCUACUCGUAAUCUCUUUGUUCUUGAAGAAAAGCAGAAACCUGCUCUUGGCCGCUGGGACCAGCCUGGUCAUUCUCAGAAAUGUACGAAACACUUUGGAGAACCUGACGGGCCUGAUCAACAGUUUGAUUUGCAACCUGAGGGCUAAGAAAGCAGCCAUCAUCGCUCCAUUCAGUAAUUAUGUAAAGAUGUUGAAGUGGCUCGGAAGUAUGCUCAAGGGGGUUACCGAUUUUGGGGUCGUGAACUUUGACUCCCAGCUUAAAGUUUCACGCAGACUGGAAUCAGAACAUUUCAGGGAGAAACUGACUGAAGCAGAGCAGAAGCUGAAUGUUACAGUGAAGUAUAUGCAGUCUCUGAUGAACACUGUGUCCUCUGUGAGGGACACCAUGUUUCCUGCCAUCAGCCUCAUCGUGCUCAUCAUGUUCAUCUUGCUGCACAUUAAAAGAUUCUGCAACGACAUGAAAUACAAAAACAGCUUCAUCAGCAGCAAAUUUGUGAAAUUCGACGGCAAGCAGAAGGCAGAAGGAAAGCCCCAUGUCCUCCCCCUCACACCAGAGGAGGAGAGGCUGUACUCCCCUGUCCCCUCCACCUGCCUCUCCACCAGAGAAGGGAGAGCUAUGCUGAAGUUUGGCAUCCCACUUGUCUCCCAUAUGGUCGCUUGGAUCAUAUUUAUAAGUGUGGAUGCUGUUUUGUACUGUUUUGUUGAUAUAGUAACAACCAAGUUGUCUGAGCUGGAGCCAUUCCAUGUUCCUCUAUUACUGAGUAUCAAGGUAAGUACAUAUCCUAAACUUGUUCAUACAUAUAGCCAUGCAAUCCUCAGCAUGUACCUGACUAUAAACCAUAACGAUAUAUAUCGAAAAUAAAUUUCCCUUAAUAUCAAUAGGAAACAUGAUCAAUAUACUUUUCAAUAACGGGCAUUCUGCAAUGUUUUGGUAGGCUAUAGGAAUGACCACAUGAGCGUGUGAUCUUUGUACUUCUGCUUUUGGUUGAAAAUAGGCAUGACUGUGACAUGAAACAACUGCGUAGUAGCAGCAACCAUAGCACUUUAACACAUGAAGCUGACAGCACUGUCGGUGAGAAAAAAGAGAAUGAGUGCUACCACCGGCAGAAAUGCAGAUGAAGGAUCAACAGAUGAUGACAUUGUCGAUAACACUGGCACGAAAAUAUUGGUGGUGUGGAGGUAUUUGGGUUUUUUGAGGUCGGACAUGAAGCAGAGUAAUGUGUACUGCAAAUUAUGUACAUGUUCCAAGAAAGUAGGGGAAUAUGCAGUAACUUAUUGUAUUACAAAAGACAUACUACCAAUAAGCACUGCUAAAUUUCAAUUUUUAUAGUGUGACGUAUAUUGAUAUCAACUGAUAUGAAAAAAAAAUAUUGCGAUAAACUUUUUCCCAUAUCGCCCAGCCCUACCUUAGAGGUUUUCUUCUUGGUGAACAGCCACUAAUUAUAUAUUUAUUUUAAUUUUUAGGGGAUUGCAACUUUAAUAGGUAUACCACUUGAUGUGGAAACCCACCAAGAGGACUUUUCCUACUCUGUGACCCUUUUUGAGAAGAAGUGUCUCCCCAAACCCAAACUGCUGCUCUCUAACUCUAUUGUCCCUUUGAGCGCCAUCCUGCUCACCCUGCUCAUUAUGGCUCUGAUGGCUGCUAAAAUGACCCAGAUCAGACUGAUGGUCUGUGAGCGGUUCUUCUCCAUCGCUGCUGAGGAGAGAGUGGAGUACCUGCAUGCCAAAAUACUGAGAAAGCGAUUAAAAAAGAGGAGAAAGAUAACCUUCAGUCUUGCGUCGGUCUUGUGUAAGGUAAGCGUAUCAUUAAUUUGUCAUUCUCUGUUCAAAAUGUGGGGUUGAAAUUAAACCAGCUCUCCUUUUUGUCUUCUCUCUCCAGCUACAGUUUUGGUGCCCUCUGCUCUUCAAGCCCAAAGACAGUUCGCCCAAAGGUGGGCUUUCUGCUGCAUGAUUGUGUUAUGUGAACAGAAGAGAAGCACACUAAAUCGUAAAAAAAAAUGUGGCCUCUGAGGGCAUCAGUCAUACUUUUGACUCAACAUUUUCCUCUGGCUCAGCAUUUAAACACUGGUGCACCACACGGCUUUGGUGACACUUGAAAGCACUUCGGUGCAGCCAUCUAUCUUUCUUUUCGGAAGAUGUUACAAGGGUUUUUUUUAUUUGGUUUGUUUUUAAUCAAACCCCAAUUGAGGGUUUUACUUGUACUCCAAGGAUGAUGAGGCUCUCUGCUGUUGACAGUUGAGAGAUUUAAAUAUUUUGAGGCAGAUUUGUUCUGUCAAAAGCUGUACUUAAUGGCACACAAAUACCUUCUCUGAGACCUCUGAGGACCCUAAAAGCUAGGCUGCUGUCAGACACUGUCUCAUUGCUGUAAACCGUUGGAUGGCACAAGAUCUUCUUUGACUCACCACCUUCAAAUCUGGAAUGAUACUGUUUAAUCAACAUAAUCCCAAC